CCGAGCUUGUCGUCGCCAACUCAGCCUCGCUUCCUCCUCUGACCGUUGCGCCUUCGUCCUCGUCAUCCAUUGGACAUCUCCGUCAACUUUCUCCUGUCAUCCCGAUCCCGGAUCCUCGCGUCUCUCCCCUCGUGCUCCACUCGAUCCGCCCACGACUCGGUUGGUCGCUCACCGAAGCUCUGUGCACAUCCUGGUUGAGAAACAGUCGCCAUCCCGCCUAGACCGUGUCGGUGCCGUUCCUUAUCCUGAUCGUUACUAUUGAGACCUUCUUGCGAAUCAGUGGGGGUGCGAUGGUCCUUCCUACACUCUGCCGAUGAGCUCCAUGAUUGAGGGCAGUGAUGACCGGGCACGAGCGGACGAGCUCGACUUGGGCGAAGAGGAUCAUGAAUACUCCCAUCCAACGCCCAACGGCGCUCCGGAUGAUGCGAAGCCAACUAACGGGCUGGGAGAUGACUCAAUGGCAUACAUUGAUGACGAUCUCCCAGCUGUAGACAGCCCCGAUUUGACUCCCGCGAAAAACGCCCCUCCCGUUGACGAAGAUACGAACGAUGCUCCGGUCUCUCCCCGUCCCGGGCAGCCUGGUGCUCCCGGCAGCGUUGACGAAACCGCCUCAACUCCAGAUGAUACCCCUUCUUUACACGGUUCCGUACUGUCCUCGCAAAGCAGCAGCGCUUUAGCCUUUCGAAGCUCUCCUCGCCCCAGUCCCAGCCCCAGUCCUUCGCACCGUCCUUUCGACCUUCGUUUCCAGUCCCGGCUCUCCUCCUCGCCGUUAGGCGGCUUCCGCCCGUCGUCACCGUUUCUGGCCCAGAUCCACUCGCGAAAAUCGUCCCUCACUAGUCGACUGUCCCCGGCCACCGUCAAUUCCGAUUCCGAAUCUCCGCAAGGUCCGUGGGAUGUAGUAAGAUGGACCAAAUUAAGGAAGAUAACCGGACAUGCAUUUUCGGAGGUGGGAAAACGAAACUUUGGUUAUCCGACUUGCAUGGCUGUGUCUACGAGUAUUGUGAUCGGGACGUCGAAGGGCAUAAUCUUGGUAUUCGAUUAUCAACAGAGUCUGCGAACGAUAAUCGGAUCCGGAACCAAGGCUACGGAAUGCGGAGCUAUCAUGUCGCUUGCGCUUUCUGCCGACCAUUCGACAAUCGCUGGUGGCCACAGUUCGGGGGAUAUAUUUACGUGGGAAAUAUCGAAGUCGGCGCGACCUUUUCUUCAUAUCCCACCCAUUCCGACAAAUCAAGUUGACUCUCGCACUUCGGACGGACAUCUUUCCGCAUCGUCGGUGAUCCAUGUGGGCUUUCUGGGAACCCGACGCACUGCGUUGGUGUCGGCAGACACGCGAGGCAUGGCCUUCUCUCACUUGGCGACUCGGGGCACCGGCGCACUGGGGCGGACGGUGAAGACAACUAGGAUUCUGGGGCGAUAUCCGCAACACGUUGGGCAUGGUAAUCGGCUGCGCAAGCCAAGCUCGGUCCUUGCCUUUUCGCCUCUACCUCUGGGUAAUGUGGAUCAACCAACCGACUCUUUGGGAUUGGUUGCCAUGCUGACACCGUACCUUCUGGUCAUCGUUUCGACCACCCCCGUGGCUCAAACGCAGCACAAAGCACCCCGUCCAAAGGAGGUUACGGCCCACGGUGCAAUGACCGGAGCCUUGGCCUGGUUUCCUGCCAUCCGACUGAAGGGCAAGGAUUCGCAGAUUUCAAAAACCAAACUGGCUUAUUGUUGGUCGAAUGUGUUGACGGUCCUGGACGUGUCGGAAUUCGAAACGGACGAUGUACCGGACAGAGAUAGGCCUCCCAGUCUGGAGUUCAAGGCCCGAAAUCGCUGGAAGGCGGAGGAAGCAAUUGUUGCCGUCCAGUGGCUAAGUCGCUCGGUGCUAGCAGUGCUUACCAUUACGCAACAGUUGCUCAUCCUUGAAGAUUAUUCCAUGCGCGUAACCGAUGCGAUCGACCUUCUUAGUCGACACAUUUACCACGUUGACCUGUUCUCCUCUCAACUGCAUUCACUGGUUGAGCAGUUGGACGAAGAGGACACUUCAAUGCACGGCGUGGUAGCAGAUGCUUUUUUCAUGUCUUUCCGCUCCUACAAGGGGCGUUUGUUUCUGUUGGGCCAUAAUGAAGCCUUGAUUGGGAGCCUCUCAAACUGGGCAGAUCGAUUGCUGGCGCUCAUGGAGGCGGGCGAUUUUAUCGGGGCCAUUCGACUGGCAACGUCCUACUACCAGGGCAGCGGAGAAAAGCUCACUGUUGGUUUACCCGACGAGGAUUCCCUAAGGCAGCCAAUCGUUCGGGAGAAACUCCUGGAGAUGGUGUCGGCAUCUCUGAAAUACGCGUUCGGCCGGAAUCUAGAGGCGAGUAAUGAGCGACUUGACAGUCGGCAACUCGAGGAAUUGGCCGAGGUUUCCAUUUCGGCCUGCAUCUAUAUGACCGACGAAGAUUUUCUUUGGGAUGAGGUCUUCAACUGGUACGAGGAGCAUGAAUCGCAAGGAAUCUUCCUUGAUGCUCUUGAACCGUAUAUCAUCGACGGAACCGUGCGGUCUCUACCUCCCACGGCAGUCAAGGCACUUAUCAAUCAUUUCACUACCAACCAUACGGCCAGUCGUUUGGAGGAGAUCAUCUGCCUUCUUGACACGACCACGAUGGAUAUCGACCAAGUCACGACGCUCUGCAAGCACUAUAAUCUAUACGAUGCCUUUAUAUAUGUCUGGAACCGCUGCCUGGGAGACUACGUGGGCCCAUUACAGGAGCUCUUGGGACUUGUUUUAUCCCAAGAGAACCUGGUCAAUGGCGACUCCAUGAACGGGAUCAAACAGUAUACAAAUGCCACAAAGAUGUUUCCAUACCUGUCGUUUGUUCUUACUGGUCGCAUUUAUCCUACCGGGGAUGAUAUGGAAGAAGCGGAAGCUCACCGGGCUAAGGCAUCCCUGUACGAGUACCUGUUCUCGGGGAACUCGUCUGGUGCAGAGUCAGUUACCCAGUCUGGGUCAAAUGAGUCGUACCCGGAUCUUCAGGCUAUGCUAAAAUUUGAUACCUCUGGUUUCAUGAGCAUGCUUAACGAAGCGUUCGAAGAUAGCUCUUUGAACGAACAGGAGCCGGAUGAGACCUCGUUCCAAGGACUCUCAAUCAACCGACAAUAUCUGAUCAGCCUUUUGUUGCAAAUCAUGACACCUGAAACCUUCUCCCUGACUGAAACCAUUUAUCUCGACAUGUUCAUUGCUCGCAAUCUCCCGAAGUACCCCCAAUAUAUCCUUCUUUCUGGAACCACCCUCCACCAGGUUCUGGAGCGGCUGUGUCAGUAUCCAACCCAGGAAAUGGCGGAAGAUUGCGAACUCAGUGCCGAGUAUCUACUGUCGUUCUACCACCCGCCAGACAUUCAAAGCAUGAUUCCCCUGUUCAAGCAGGCUCGAUUUUUCCGGAUCUUGAAAUCAACCUACCGUUCGGAGAGACAAUUCCCGCAAUUGGUGCUGACCUACCUUGAGGAUCCAAACGAACAGAGAGAGAUCUUUACUUGCCUACAGGACUGCCUUCGCUCUGGUUCCCGAGUUGGUAAGAAGCAGAGGCGAGAAGUCAUUGACGUGGUAAAGAGCCACGCCUCUCAGUUGGUGGCGAUCGAUGUCGAAGCAGCUGCCCGGACAAUGCAGGACUUCGCACCGGAGACUCACGAAACGAUGCUCAAUGCCCUCCAAGACGAUACUUUCGGACAAUAUCGAUACUUGAAUGUCAUCGUAGAACCUGCAUCGCGAUCCACCGCCGAGGGCCGACCGUCGAAAUCGACCGAGAACUGGGUGAUCGAACGUUAUGUGCAGUUGCUCUGCAAAUAUGACCCUUCUCACGUCGCAGACUUUGUGGAUGAACUUCGGGUUGGCGACGUGCGCCUCGAGGAGCUGAUGCCUUCAAUGGAAGAGAGUGGUGUGGUGGAUGCGGCAGUCAUCCUGCUCGCUAGACAAGGCCAAAUUCGAGCCGCUAUGGAUCGUCUUGUCGCUCAUCUGGGGACGCUGGAAUCGGGUCUUGUCGGAAUUCUUCAAAGCAUCCGGGAGAGUCCAGAUUCGGACAGCACCGCAGAAGCCAUCGAUGACCUCGUGGAAUCCUUAGACAAAUAUACACGAGUGGGAACAUGGCUCUGCCAGGGCCAGACGAAAACCGCUAAAAAGCCCCGAGCCGUCGAAAGAAAUGGUGGCAGAAAGACCGCUGUCGAUCAACCGCUCUCGUUUGAUGAGAACCUCUGGCUGGAUCUGAUCGAGGCCAUUGUGCGCACUACCAGCAGCGUCUUCGCGUUGAUCCAGAAAGAACAGCAGUCCGACCACAAACUGACCCAUCUCGCUCCGAUGACAUCCCAAAUGGGCAGUAAUGCAGCCCAACUCAUGACCUCCUUCCGUAGGCUGGUCCAGCAGGUCUUCACUGCGCUGCUCUCGAGCACGGUCAGGGUUGGCGGAUCGUCUACCCACGAGCGCAGCGAUGUGGCUUUUCUGCGGAUCUUGCGCGCAUUCCUCACGCGUGCCGCACAAUGGUCGCCCUCUCUGCUCGAGUUGCGUGCCGUUCUUGCGUCCAUCUUCUCGGCCUAUACAUACGAGAAGUCGCUGCUGUCCCUGGCCAACGGCAUGCUGGACCGGGAUCUAUUUGUCCAUGUGGACGGGGUAGCGCGACUGCGGCAACGGGGAUGGCGGCCACGGGGCCAAGCAUGCGAGAUUUGCCGGCAGCGAAUUUGGGGGCCAGGGGUCGGGUCGCACCACUGGCAAGCCUGGGAGAAAAAACAGGCCGAUGCGCAGCAGCGUCGCAUCGCUCGCCAGCUCCACGAAGGAGCUGACCCGGCCACCACUCGAGGCAAGGGUAAAGCCGCAGCAGUAGCGGAAGUUGGUCAGACGUUACAUCCUCACGAGGCCGAGCAUGCGGAACAAGCAGGGUCCUUGGAUAAUACCGCGGAUGAGAUGCAGGGGGCAGUCGGAGAUGGCCGUGAGAUGCCGAUAGGGCCAGCGGUUGUGUUUUCUUGUCGACACCUCUAUCACCGACACUGCCUGGUGAAAUUCGGUCCUUCGAAGCCCGAGAAGCAGGGCCCUUUUGCGCCCCAGUCGGAGUGGGAUCACCUCACCUGUGCCAUUUGUCCUGUACAUACUGAAUGAGCGAGCGAUUUUACCAUGUUUACGAGUGUGGGGACGAUAAUAAUA